CUAAUCCAAAUAUGUAAUGAUUAGUUAUCAAAUCAUACUAUUUUGAUAAUUAAUCAUGAUAAAUUGAUAAUGAUCGUUGUACAUAUGGAGGGAGGGGGUCCAACCUUUUGGAAUCAAUAAAAUAUAGUCCAAACUUGGACAGAAAAGCUUGUGAAUAUGGCAAUGGCUCUUGUACAAUUCAUAGAGAAACACUCGUUCAACCCACUCUCCUUAAUCAUCUUCUUAAGCUUCUUAUUCUUCCUCUACAAAUGGCUAUUAACCACUCAUGCUACAAACAAAAUCAAACCACCCUCCCCACUAAAGCUGCCUAUCUUAGGUAACCUCCAUCAGCUUGGUAAGUUACCUCAUCGAUCCUUAAGAUCUUUGUCACAGCAACAUGGAGAUAUCAUGUUGCUUCACAUCGGCAGCAAGCCUACAAUCGUGGCUUCGUCUGCAGACGCAGCUCGCGAGAUCAUGAAGACCCAUGAUGUUGUAUUUGCAAAUAGGCCAAAGUUAAAAGUUGCCUACAAAAUUCUUUACAAUGGUAAGGACUUGGCCUUUGCAAACUAUGGAGAAUAUUGGAGGCAGAUGAAGAGCAUCUGUAUGUUGCAUGUUUUUAGUAAAUUAAAAGUCCGGUCUUUUCGACGAGUAAGGGAGGAAGAAGCUGCAGAAAUGGUGGAAAAGAUUAAGAAGUUGAUGGAACAACCUUCAAAGGAAGUGAAUUUGAGUGAGAUUUUUGCAAGUUUAGCAAAUGAUGUGAUAUGCAGGGCAGCUUUUGGAAGGAAAUAUAGUGCUGGAGAAAAAGGUUGUACUAAUAUUAGGGAGAUCUUGAGUGAUUUUUCUGAGGUACUUGGGACCUUCUGUAUGCAAGAUUUCAUACCAUGGUUGGGUUGGAUUGAUUGGGUUCGGGGUGUGGAUCGGAAAACAACCAAAGUUGCGAAUGCGCUUGAUGAAUGGAUUGAAAAGAUUGUUAGGGAGCAUCAAGAUCGUCUGAAUUCACUGAUAGAUGAUGCAGAUGAGGCUGACGGAGGAGAAAAAUGGCAGGAUUUUGUGGACACUUUGCUUGAGAUUCAAAGAGAGAAUUCAUCUGUACUCCCAAGAGAGAGUAUUAAAGCUAUUCUAAUGGAUAUGCUUGCUGGUGGAACAGACACAACUUACGCACUACUAGAAUGGACAAUGACAGAGUUACUAAAACAUCCUCGAGUUCUGAAACAAUUGCAGGAAGAGGUGAGAAAUUGUAUCAACAACGAUAAAACAAGAGUAGACGAGGAUGAUGUAAAGAACAUGAAGUACUUGAAAGCAGUCAUCAAGGAGACACUGAGGCUACAUCCACCACUACCUCUGUUGCUAUUUCGCGAAUCAUCUCAAGAUGUCAAGAUCAACGGCUAUGAUAUUGCAGCCGGCACACAAGUUAUCAUCAAUGCAUGGGCAAUCCAUAGAGACUCAUCUUACUGGGAAGAAGCAGAGGAGUUUAAACCUGAGAGGUUCUUGAAUUCAUCAUCAGUAGACUUCAAUGGGCAGGACUUCGAAUUCAUUCCAUUCGGAGCAGGCAGACGAGGCUGCCCAGGCAUGUCGUUUGGUUUAGUUGAUGUGGAGCUUGUACUAGCUACACUUGCUUAUGAGUUUGACUGGAAGUUGCCUCAAGGCCAUGAUUUUAAUGUGGUUGAAAGUGCAGGUACUACAAUCCGUAAAAGAGAUCCUCUUGUAGCCAUUCCAGUUCUCUAUUCAAGGAAGUAGAAACAUUUUAAUAAUCUCAGCCUCAUAUCUUAGAAGUCAAGUGCAUGGAUUUAAAGUGGAGGUGUUGAUCAGUUACAAAACCUCUCAACUUGACCCCAACUUGACCCCAACUUGAUAUGAAUUUAGGAUUGAGGUUUAGUCUGAUCUUUAAAGGUGAAUAAUAGUGUGGGUUAAUUCGAGAUGACCAAUCUAUUCAAUGGGUUGGUUUAGGAUUGAACCUCUUAGAGCCCAAGAUUGUUAAACAUUAACUUUGUUAGCUUGUAAUGGUUGAAAGUUUAUUUUCUCAACUAUAUAUAUAUUGUCAUAUUGUUACGUGA